UCGAAUCAUUUAAAGUCAAGUAAUUAGAAAUUCCGCUUGAAUAUCUAAUCAUAAUCGUGCACCCAAACAAGCACGAAAGAUAAACCUUUAGCAUCUAGUUCAAUUGCAAUAAAAAUUAAAAAAUUAUAAACUAAAGGCAAAUUAUAUAGAGUGAAGUAUGGAUACAUCACGAAAGUCGUUUAAAUCGAUUUACCCAUUAAGUACCGAGAAAUUAAUAAGGAGCGAGUUUAAAAGAGUUAAAGAGCAGACUUAUUUGGAUCAUGCAGGAGCCACUUUAUAUUCGGAAAAACAAAUUGAAGCUGUGUGCAAUGACUACAAAGGUAAUCUAUUUGCAAAUCCUCAUGCAAGGAGUACAAUUAGCAAGGAAACUGAUGAUGCCAUUGACCUGAUCAGAUAUAAGAUUUUGAACCACUUCAAUACUGAUAGUAAUAAUUAUACUGUGAUUUUUACUUCUGGGACUACAGCAGCUCUUAAAAUAAUUGGUGAAAGCUUCCACUAUAAUGAUGGAGAAUUUGUUUAUACUGAGGAUAAUCAUACCUCUGUUUUGGGGAUGAGGGAAUUUGCAAAUAAUCAUCGGGUUGUAUCAUUUAAUGAAUCCAAAGAUUUACUAAACAAAGAGGAUAAUCAAAGAAAUUGCAAAUUUCAGAAUGUCAAGUGCAAUUCUCUUUUUGUCUAUCCAGCUCAAUGCAACUUUUCUGGCUUUAAGUAUCCUCUAGAUUGGAUUAAUAAAAUUAAAACUGGUGCUCUUGGUGCUGAUGCUAAUUGGUAUUGCAUGUUAGAUGCAGCAUCAUAUGCAUCAACUAGUUUCUUAGAUUUGCAGAAAUACACACCUGAUUUUAUAUGUGUUUCUUUUUAUAAAAUGUUUGGAUAUCCAACUGGUUUAGGGGCUCUUUUAGUGAAGAAUCAAAGUUCUAAUGUUUUGAGCAAAAAAUACUUUGGUGGUGGAACUGUUUAUUUGGCUUUGAGUGAUCAAAAUGUUGUUAUUAGAAGGAAACAAUUAAAUGAAAGUUUUGAAGAUGGUACCCUGAAUUUCUUAUCCAUUCUAAGUUUGAAGCAUGGUUUUGAUACAAUUCAGAGAUUACACCUAAACAUGGAUUUAAUUUCAUUACACACAUUCGCUUUAGCCAAAUAUGUUUACAGUAGUUUAGAGACUUUUCAACAUAAUAAUUCAAAACCUGCUUGUGUUUUAUACCAUGAUGGUAACUAUGAUGAUGCAAGUAAACAAGGGGCUAUAGUAAAUUUUAAUGUUUUAAGACCUGAUGGAAGCUAUGUUGGUUAUUCUGAGGUAAUGCACAUAGCCAAUUUGAAUAAGGUUUAUUUAAGAACAGGCUGCUUCUGUAAUCCAGGAGCCUGUAAAAGGCAUUUACAACUUACGUCAGAAGAUGUUAAAUACUUUUAUUCUCAAGGUCACGUAUGUGGAGACCAGAACGAUUUAAUAGACAACAGACCAACUGGAUCAAUUCGAAUCUCAUUUGGGUACAUGUCAACUGUAGAUGAUGCAAAUGCAAUUUUAGAUAUGAUAAAGCAAAACUUUAUCGUAUCUAAAUUAAAAACUACAUUAGCUAAUAAUAACGAACAGUUGAUUUUCAAUACAAUUUUGAAAAAUGAACGAAUUAAAUGUGAGGGAAAUUUAAAGAAGAUUUUGAUAUAUCCCAUAAAAUCUUGUGGAGCGUUCUCUAUAGAUACGUCUUGGAAAUUGAUUGGAUCCGGGCUAGAAUACGAUAGACAAUGGAUGAUUGUAAGUCGUAAUGGGGUUUGUCUGACCCAAAAGCAAGAACCUAAACUAUGCAUUAUUAAACCAGUGAUCGAUUUACACGACGAUUCGUUAAUUUUGACCUGCGAAGGUUUUAGUUCCGUUUCGGUACCACUUAAAACUAAAUCAAUUGUAAAUUGCCAAAGUAAAGUUUGCGGUGAUAGAAUUGCAGGCUGGGAUUGCGGGGAUGAAGUAGCCGAUUGGUUGGACCAUAUUCUAUGCAGGAAUGGCUUAAGGUUACUCAGUCAACGGGAUAUUAGAAAAAGAAAAAAUGAGCUUGAACUAUCGUUGGCAAAUAAAGCCCAAUUUCUGAUGGUAAACGAGGCGAGCGUCAAGUGGUUGUUGGAUAUUAUUUCUGAAGGCGAUCUUGAUGAUACCUUAGAUGAUUUGGUACAGAGAUUUAGACCGAAUUUCGUGGUGAAUUUUGGUAAAAUCUUCGUUGAAAACGAUUGCGAAUCGUUUCAUUUUGGAAAAACUAUUUUCACUAGCGAAGGUAAAUGUACUAGAUGUCAAAUUAUUUGCAUCGACCAAAAAACUGGGGAAAAAUCUGUGGAACCGUUGAGGACACUUUCGAAUGAAUUUAAUGGUAAAAUUACGUUUGGUGUGUAUUUGAAAUGUACAGAAAAUAAGGCUGAAAAUCUUAUUCAUAUUGGUGAUAGUGUAAUAGGCAACUGAUUAUUGCAUUUUUGUAGUUUUAGUUAAGUUUAUUGAAUUAUUACAUAAUUAUUAUAUUAAUAUAAAUAAAUUAAUGCUGAUGCUUUUUUUUACUUAUGUUAAAAUAAUAACUAUGACAAAUAAACGUUAAGAGAUCUCGAACUACAAAAAUACCACGAAUGGUGCUGCCGAUUACCAGAAAAUAUUCCUGAUUGAAACUGGACUAAUCGAGGAACUAAAUACAUACAAAAAGAGACUUAACAGUCCGCACUAUGCG